AAAAUGUAAGUCAUCUUGCAGCCUCACGCAGUUCCUUUCUCCGUUCGACAACAAGGGAGCAGAAACACAUCACAGGAUGGCUGCUGCUAAGUUUUUGCUGUCUCUGAUGCUGGUGCUGGUGGCUACGGGGUGUGUGGCUGAUGCCCAGGAAAGGAUAAAGAUGUGUGGGAGAGAGCUGAUACGCCUGGCCGUCUCGUACUGUGGUAACUCUCGGCUCAGGAGGAGCAUCGAUGAAGAGCCUGUGCAGGGUCAAUACAAUGCUUUCCGUAAGUAGUUUUUGUUGCAUUUUCAGGCUUAAACUUGUUCUUAAAACUUCCAGGAUUGUGCAUAGAUAGGAGAAAUAUUAUACAUUUUAAGACUUAGGGACAACCUUGACUACAAACAUACACUGUAGUAGAAAUAACUCCAACCAUAGAGCAGUUUCUUUUUCUUUUGGGUGUCUAAAAAGUUUCAAGUCUCUCCUUUCGUCUUCUCUCCUCUGGGAACCAUGAAGCCUCCACAGAGGAACAUCAUUUAACAGAGACGGUCCAAACCCCACUACGAUCUGCCGCAGAGGACAAGGCUAUCUUCCCUUUGGCUCCUCACUGGUACCCGCUGUCCUCUCGGAUCAGACGAGCUGCUGGAAAAAUAUCUGAUAUUUGCUGCGAGAAAGGAUGCAGCAUGAAAGAACUGAUACAGUUUUGCUAGAAACACAGAAAAGAAUGUCUCACUGUGUGUUUUCUGUGCUCAGAGGUUGUUUCAAUGAUCAUCUAGUUUAUAACACUUGAGAAGAAUCACUCUAUGUUUCCAAUUAUGUAGCACUCUGGUUCACUCUACACUUAAGUAAUAAUGAUGCAUCAUGAUUAUUUUAGGUACUUGAUCAUAUUCAAUAAAUUAUAAACAGUGCCAAAGAUCACAAUGUACAGAGCAUUAUUUAUACAAAAAUAAUUUAUUAUAUCUGAACUGUUAUAUCAAGAUUUAUUUUUAACAAAUCACACUUUAAUAAAGCUUUUUAAGAUUAUUGAA